GAUUUUGGGGAAGCGUGCCGGAAGUCGGGUGAAUGAAUGACGCGCAAGAGAGUCAUGUCACGUGUCACCACCUGCGUGACGUCACAGCUGGUCAGCAGCGCAGGUGUAAAUCCAGGAAAAACACAAACGACCAAAAAUGUAUAUUAUCUAAAUGAAAGAAUCUUUCUUGACGGUUUUGCAAACGAAUAUAAUUUCUGUCAUUAAAAGAAGGGCGUUCACCAUGUCUACACCUGACCGUGUUGGACUGACCCACUGUAAGUUUGCUCUGGUGUUUGCGGUGCUCAUGGAUGUUUUCGGGGUGUCUGCUCUUCUGAUCGGCGUCUUCGUCCCGCUUGAGAUCGGGGGUCGCGACUUUGGUGAUCUGUUGGUGUAUUCGGGAGCUCUGCUGGUGUUGAUGUCUAUGGGUGGCUGGGUCAUGUGGUACAGUGGGAAUAUUGAGGGUUUGAUAUCAGGGAAUGAGCUGACACACAAACGCAACGCCGUGGACCGCCUCGUUCGCACCCUGAGCCGCCGCAUACGGAGACCCCACCGCGGCCACAGCACGCCCUGACCCCUGACCCCUGGGCACGGCUGAGAGCGCGCACAAGACCAACAUCUCAGUUGGGAAAGAAGGAAAAUAGAACGAUAAUGCAAGGAUCAAGGCUGACAGAUACAGUGUGACUGUUACAAUGUGGUGUUUGCUACUGCUAGCCUACUACAAAAACUAUGAAAUUGCAAUUAUGUGGUACAUUUUGUGUUUUUGUACACGUAAUUCUGUAUUUCUUUUUGCAGCAAAACUUUUAUAUAUGUAUAUCUUCUGUUGUGCAAAAUAUGGGUGAUUAAUUUUCAAGCACU